UGUUGCUAAGAAGAAUCGUGUGAUGUUGAGCUAUGCAUUCGACGUGAGAGUUUUAGUCACUUUUAUCUCCAUUUCCGUCGCAGUCGAAGCUGCAAUUGCGCCGCCGCCAUGGUCUGAUCCGAGUAAAAACCCUUGCGCAGCGAUGCCCGGCGGAUGGCAACUGCUCUAUUGGCCUCCGUUGGAUCAAUGCUUCAAAAUUUUCACAAAAGGAUAUCCAUGCCCGGAUUCGAUGGAAUUGAGUCCCGUUGGAUUUGGCAUCACAGCGACGCAAACGACAGCGGUUUGUUUAUGUCCUCCGGGAACAGCGCAGAGUCCCUUAACGUCGCAAUGUCACAAAUUGUUUGAAAAAGGACCUUGCGAAACGGGGCAGUAUUUUGCGCCGAUUAAGGAUAUGGUAAAGAGCGCAGUUCCAAGACAAAAAUGGGGAGUUUGUCGCACGCCAAGUCCUUGUCCAACGGGAAGUGUUUUUUGGCCUCAAGAUGGAAAAUGUUACACGAUGCACUCGAGAGGUCCGUGUCCUAAAGGGAAAUUGUUGACUAUCGAUGAUGAUCGAGUGGCAAGCUGUAAAUGCGAAGAAAAAGGCGAUCUUUCCAAGUUUUUUGAUCCAAAAUCCAAACAAUGUUUUGAACAUUUCACUAAAGGUCCUUGUGAACACGGAGAAUUGUUUUUGCCAUCCAGAAAGUGUAGUUGUCAUUCGUCGCUUCCUCAGUACGAUCAAUCUUCAGGAAUUUGUUACGAACUUGGUCAAAUAGGUCCCUGCCCUCCGGGACAUAUUUUCACAAUAGCUGACAACUCCAAAUCUCUCAUCAAAGGUCAAUGUCAAUGCAAGGAGAAUCACGUUCAAUGGGAAGAUGGCGUCUGUUAUCGUCAAUAUACCCGCGGCCCAUGCGAAGAAGGCGAAUUUCUCCUGAAUUCAACAACUUGCAUCAAAAAUCCCUGCGAAAAAGGUCGUUUGUACUUCCCCGAAGAGAAAACUUGCUACCGAAUCGGCUCUCAAGGACCUUGCGCCGAGAACCAAGUUGUAAUUUUCGACUUUACAGCUCGCCCCUCGUUGAAUGGCGUCUCGUACAACGGCGUUUGUGGCUGCAACGGGAUUCUCGUGAACCUCGAUCAAAAGUGCGAUGAGAAUUAUCCGCCAAAAAGUGCUUGCGACGGAUCUCCAGGCAAAGUUGAGAUGAAUGGCGAGUGUUAUGAACUGUACAAACGAGGACCUUGCGGACCCAAUCAAUGGCUUGUACCGAAAAAAGAGACGCAAAAUGGACCAAAACAGGCAAAAUGUGAAUGCAGACCCGGAUUUACGCCGUACAGCGACAACGAAACGGAACUCGGGAUUAGCGGAUGUCAUGCGCCGAGCGUUAAUAUUGCCAGGUGGUUUCUAAACAUUUUUGGAUAA